AUGGAAAAAUUUACAAAAUGGAGAGAUCCAGGAACAGGAUUAGCACCCUUCCUACAAAAUCCAUUUGAGAUGCCGAAUCAAAAGUUUUUCUUUUUUAUUUUUGGGCCAAUUUUAUUUUUAAUACGACAUUUAUUUAUAUUUAUACUUUUUAUAACAUAUUUUAUAUUUGUUCAUACAUUACUUUCACCUGUCCUUCAACCUAUAUUUCCUAAAACUAUUCAUCUUAUUAAAAAAAUAUUUAUAGGUACUGUAUUGGUUUUAUGUGGAAUUUUUCCUGUAUACUCUCAAAUGUAUGUUCAUUCAAGUGAAAAUACAAACAUAAAACCAAAACCUAAAGAUAUCAUUGUUUCUUGUUGUUGCUCUCCACUCGAUAUUUUAUAUUUAACUUUCAAAUAUAAUCCUGUAUUUACCAUAUCCUUCUCAAACACAGUUCUUGUCGAACAUGUUUCUGGUAUAAAGGCUAUGUUUUAUAUGCUUUCAACACCAAAAAAACCCUCUUAUAAAAACAAUACAACACUAGACAAUCUAUCGAAAUUAUAUCCAAAUAGGAUAAUUUCUGUUUUUCCAGAGGGAACCACCUCUAACGGUCGUGGAUUACUUUUAUUUACACAGAGUCUUCAAUCAGUUGCACCUCAAACUAGAAUUUUUCCCUUGUCUAUUAAAUAUAGCCAUUAUCUCGCAACUCCUCAUCCUAAGUCUCUUUUUACAUUUCUAUUUCGACUUACAUUCAAAUUAUCACACAAAAUUCAUAUAAAAAUAUCAAAAACUCCCAUUAUUUCAAGUAAUUAUCAAGAGGAACUUGAUGAAACUGUUUCAAUAUCUCUUUCAAAACUUUCAAAAAUACCAAGAGUCAACCUAGGUGUUGAUGAAAAAAUAGCCUUUUUGGAAGCAUGGAAAACCUAUAAGAAAUAUUGA